AUCUGACUUGAUAUAUACCUAAUACUUGCUCAAGAAGACCGUUCAAUCACAUCUUACUAUCGCUUCACACAUUCAGUCCGCAUCUACCAACUUACCAGUUCUCACUCUACAUAGCUCACGACAAUAACCACUUCCUGAUUCAACAAAUUCAUGCUUGAAGCCUACAGCUUAGGACACCACUAGAAAGUCAAACAUCUCACGCCUCAUCAAGAAUCUAGUCAUCAAGCAUGGCAACUCAACAACCAACCCAAACCGAUAAUUCGGCUCAAGCUCAACCGCCACAAACAAACCCAGCAAAGCCCACCGAGAUCUCAGAACCCGGCAUCUACGUAGCCCUCACCCACGACCACCUCAACUAUCAAUCCGUUAUAGACCGAGUCCGCUCCCCAGAAGCUGGGGCCAUUGUUGUCUUUGCCGGUACCACCCGCAACAACUUUAACUCCCUCCCUGUCCAGCACCUCUCCUAUACCUCCUAUGCGCCCCUAGCUUUGCGCACCAUGUUAACCAUAUGCCGCUCCAUUCUCACCAAGCACGGGUUGAAGGGGAUAGCGAUGGUACACAGGUUAGGUGUGGUCCCCAUCGGAGAGGAAAGUAUCUUGAUUGCUGUAUCAUCUCCCCAUAGACAGGCGGCAUGGAGGGCGGGGGAAGAGGCGUUGGAGGAGUGUAAAGCCAAAGUGGAGGUGUGGAAGCGGGAGGAGUUUGGUGGCGAGGGGGGAGGGGUGUGGAGAGCUAAUAGGGAUGGUGCGGUGGGGGUUAAGGUUGAUGAGCCUAGGAUAGGCAAAGGGGAAGUGGAUGAGAAGGAGGAUGAGGGCGACAGCGGGAACGGGGGAAAUGAUAGGAAGAGCUGAUAGGGAAAGGUAGCCCUAGUAGCUGGGAGGGGGGAGAGGGGAGAGAGUGGUAGUUAAAGCGCGAGUUUGGAAGGCACGAAUGCCCGGAACAUAUAUAUGAUGACGAGACGACGGAAAUGGUCUGAGGGGAGAUGAACCGACGAAUUUUAGUAAGAGAUGGUGAAUUUGUAUAAAUGUCUAUACUUCAGCAUCUCUAUUCUUUUCUUCGAACUAGGAUCUAUAUUAGAGGCAAGCACCUCUAUGAAUUCCAAUAUCCUCCGUA